UAAACAGGAAUGGCGGACGAGGAAAAUCCUCAUUUGAAACAUAGAUUAGAUCACCAUUACUUGAUAAACAGCUUGAAAUCUGUGGUGGAAGGUUUAUUGGCCACUCACAGUACAGAUGUUUGGAGUACUUAUGGUGGACUAAAUCGUGUUACAAAAGAAGUAGAAAAAAUUCUCUACCAUGGAUUGAGAAGUACACAGGGAAAGUUUGGAAGUCAGGUGGAUUUUUGGCCCUUUGUACAUGGACUUAAGAGGCUGAAUCCUAUCCAGUCUCCAUCUAUUGAUAAAAUCAUUAGAUUAGCCCACAGUACACAGGGCAUUGAUAAAGGUCAUGUAUGGGUGAAGGAAGGUUUAAGAGAACACAAUCUUACAGCUCAACUACAGACUCUAGUACACAACAGAGAACAUUUAAACCAGUUUUAUUAUGAUUACAGUUUUCUAAAUACCAAAGAGUACUUCCAUUCUAUGUGCCUAUGUCUACAAGCAGUAGAACAGAACAGAGUUACCCUUUUGGCAGAACUAGAUGUCAAUCUUUUAAGUGGAAAAAGAAAACCUGAUGUUAAGAGAAGUGAAUCAUUGCCAGUUAUGAGAAGGGCUUCCAGUCACCAUGAGGCUUUGGCACUUGCACCACGUUUUGCAUCUCCAAGACAGGAGAGUGUAUUUUCUUUGUCAGAUGAGCAUGCUAUACCUGUUAAUGUUGGUAGUGCCUCUCCGGUAGAAGCAAAGAUGUUGGCAAGAGAUGCUUUAAGAACUGUUUUGCGAAAAUCUGGCUCUGAUUCCCCAACUGAUUCUCCAGAAGCAGGAUUUAGUUUCUAUGACAACAAUACAGAAGAUCCUUUGUCUCAUGUUUCCAUGACAGAACAUAUAGCAGAUUCUAAAGAAAGUUCAUCUGAAGAUCAAACUCCUCAGGGAAAGUUGCCAAGCAAAUCAACACUGUCUUCUGUUAAAAAGUCUUUGACCCCUGACCCUAUUGGAAGUUCUGAAAAAAAUUACAGUGGUAGACCUGGAGAAAUUUUCUCUGAUUCAGAAACAUUGACUGAAGAAAAAAGGAAUGUUGUAAUGAGAACUUCAAAAGCAACAAAGAAAGGUCAUAAAAGAUCUAGGUCAGAUAUGUCAUGGCUCAAUGCAGUAACAAAACCUCAAAGAACAACGAGAAAACAUAGUGAAGAUAUUGUAGGAGCACCAGAAGUAGAUUCAGAAAUGUAUUUAGGAACAGAUGUAAACUCCCCAGCCACACCAGAAGGAUACAUGGGUAAACCAGCUCAAGGGCAGUCACUCAUCCAUUAUCUUUCAACGCAGGACUUCCAUACUUGUGCCAAUCUAGAUAAAGAAAAUGCACACUUCAGUAUAUCAGAAGCAUUGAUUGCAGCCAUAGAACAAAUGAAAUGGAACCAUAUUAUUUCACCACAUCAGAAUCAGGAAAAUGAAGAAGAGGAUUCAGACGAGGAAAUACAGCAGUUAAAACAAAGGAUAAGGAUAAGGAAAAGAGAAAGAUUAAAAGAGAAAGCCCGUGGAUUACCAGCUUUCAGUGAUGGUGUAACUGACACAGCUACUAGUCACAGUACAUCACCAACAUUCAGCUCCCCCAUAGAUACUGAAAACUCAGAUAGUAGUGACUCAAGUGCAAUUGACGACGAACAAAUAGAACUUACAAUGUCAGAAAAUAUAAGUGAGAAUAAUUUGUUAUUGAUGAAGAAAGAUGGAAUGUCCUUAUCACUUGCUUCAUUAUAUUCAGAUGGUGAUAUCCAAGACAGAAAUAGUAAGAUGCUAGACAGACAAGGCUCAGUUACUACAGAAAAUGGUGUGAAUGUAACCAACAGUUUAUCAGCAGAGUCUGUUGCUAUAUCAUUACUGAAGAAAUUCUCAGAGAAACAACUUCCAAAGGCUUCAGAUCUUGUCUGGCUUGUAUCUGAAAGUGAUGCUCCUCAGAAGUUACUCCCAAUGCCAGACUCCUAUCCUAUUUCUCCUGAUGAUGCUGAAGAUUUGAAAACUAACAGAUAUCAUACAUUCCAGACCAGAUUACGGGGUAACAUGGAAUGGGCUCCACCAAGACCUCAGAUUAUCUUUAAUAUCCAUCAACGUCCUAAUAGGAAGAAAGCAAUGGAGAAGCAGAAUUAUCUCUGUGCGGGUUGUGGUACAAGGGUUGAACCAGGAUACAUCAGCAGAUUUCGAUACUGUGAAUACUUAGGAAAAUUUUUCUGUCAAUGUUGCCAUAGUAAAUCUUUAUCAUAUAUUCCGGGAAGAAUUCUGAAGAAAUGGGACUUAAACAAAUAUCAAGUGUCAAACUUUGCCCAUGACUUAUUGACUAAGAUCUAUACGGAGCCUUUGUUCAAUAUCUCUGAUAUUAAUCCAUCAUUAUAUAAGAAAGUGAAAAGUUUAGAUAGUAUUUUAGAAUUACGACAGCAGUUACAAUAUGUGAAGAAAUUCCUACUUAUCUGUAAAGAUGGUACCAAAUUGUUGAGUGAUAUAAAGAACCUACCACCAUACUGGUCUGAUGAUUUUCACGUAUACUCACUAUGUGACCUUGUUAAUGUAAAGAAUCUACAAAUGUUAAAUCAGUUAAGGAAUAUAGUCACCUCAUCAUUAACUCAUGUAGAAAAUUGUCAGUUUUGCCAGGGACUUGGUUUUAUAUGUGAACUGUGCAGAAAUAACUCUGAUGUUAUAUUUCCAUUUCAACUCAAUAAGGUUGAAAUUUGUCAAGGUUGUAAAUCCUGUUUCCAUAAAGACUGUUUUGUACCAGAUAAAUGUCCUAAAUGUGCUAGAUUAGAAGCUAGAAGACAGAGAAUGGAACAAAAGUUUUCAGAAGAAUUUGAUGAAGAAGAUAAAAACAGUUGAUAAUGGUUGAUGUUCCUUGAACAAGGAUUUAACAAUAUGGUGCUUACUCAUUUGUAUGAUAUUUGUGUCCACCACAGAUGUGACUGAGCCAAAUAAAUCUUCCUUUGUCUAUAGUUCAUUUAAAAGCUACUUAUAUUUGAGUGUAUAUCUCAGAGUUAUUUCACCUUUGCGAUCAUCUUGUGUAGUUUAACACUCAAGAGGGUUAUCAGAUCCUGCUCAGCAAUUUUUAAGUCAGAAGCUAAAUUUGGUUUUUUCAAUUAAGUCAUUUUUUUUGUGUUACUAUUCCUUUCAAGAAUUCACAGUUAUAUGUUGUUGAUAUUUCAAUGCUGCAUACAAUAAUGAUAUUUUACUAAAAAUUUCUUUUCGUUUAGUAAAAAACACAGUUAUGGAACAUUUAUAUCAUUGUGACCUACAUUUUAUGUUCAAUAUCUCAGGCUAACCUCUGCAUUUUUAAUCCUAAUGGUUAAAUUUUCAUUAAUUUCUUUUAUUGGUGGGUCAUGUAUGUCUUACAGACUAGUGAUUGGCAUCUGGUGUAUAAUUGUUUCAUUGGCAAUCAUACCACAUCUUCUUAUUUUUAUAUCAACAUAUCAUUUUGUUUUUGUAAAGUUCAUACUUAAUUUAGUAAAAUAGAAUAAUAACAUUUGGGGCCUUAUUUCAUACUAUUAAUAUAAUCCCAACAAGUCAUUGGCUAAACAAGAGGAGCAGUUGGUCAGAAAUUUAAUAUUUGACUGUAACGUUUUAAUCUCUUAAUAUAUACUGAUAAACUUGUCAUAAGUUAAGACCUUAACAAUUUUCAAUUUAAAGCAAAAUUUCGAUUUUCUGGAAAUCUUCAUCUUCAAGUUUUAAAAAAUAUAAUUUUCGCAAAAAUAGGUUUUUAAAUUAUUUUUUAGUUUUUAACAUUUGGCUAUAAUCAAUUUCUAACUGUGAAAUGAUGGUAAUAACAUGAAUAAGUAUACAUGUUAUCAAAAUCAAUACACGUAGAUGACAUUUCACAGUUUGUACUGUUCUAUAGAUGUUAGUAUGACAAAUUGUGAGAGAUUUUUUAAGCACAAAAUUGAGAAUGGAAAUGGGGAAUGUGUCAAAGAGACAACAACCCAACCAAAGAGCAAAAAACAGCAGAAGGCCACCAAUUGGUCUUCAACACAGCGAGAAAAUCCUGCACCCUGCAUGACUCUUUAUUUGGCUUAUGAAGACAAUUUGCUUUUAAUUUUCAGUGCUUCUUUAUGGAAUAAAUUGAUCAUCAUUUUAAUUUUUUUAAUGCCCCCUCCGUAGUGGAGGGGGCAUUAAGUUUUACCUUUGUCUGUCCGUCCGUCCCUCCGUAUGUACGUCCCAAAGUUGGUUUCUGUUCUCUAACUUAAGUUUGCUUUUACCAAAUUUUAUGAAACUUAUACACAAUGCUUAUUACCACAAAAUACAGAUAAAGUUUGAAUUUUGGUGGCGUCACUUUAACUGUUCUUGAGUUAUGCCCCUUUACAAAUGGAAAAAUCGCUGAAUUUUUUGUUUUUGGUUUUCUAACUUAAGUUAGCCUCAACCAAAUGUUAUGAAACUUAUACACAAUGCUUAUUACCACAAAAUACUGAUCAAGUUUGAAUUUUGGUGGUGUCACUUUUACUGUUCUUCAGUUAUGUCCCUUUAUAACUUUAUAUGAUAUGCAAGCGAGUCAUCAUCUGUGUCCCACGUACACAUUCCCUAUUUAUUUUCUCAAAAAUAUACACAUGGCAAAUUAAUUUAUUAUAUUGAUUUAUAUUCAAUUGUUACAUAUUAUAAGGUUAUGAUAACCGGUGACAAAUAUUCUGUGAUAUUUUCAGUAUGAUAAUGUUGAUCCCAAGAUAAUCAUUACAAAUUGAUUGAGGAUUAUCCCAGUUGACUUGCAGUUUGAAAGACAAAGGGAUGAAUUUUUCAACGUACCAUACUUAAGUGUAAUUUAUAAAUUUAUCUAGUCCUUAUUUUUUGUCAGGAAAUUUAAACAGGAUACCUUUUUCUGUUGGUUAUAAAUGCACCAUCAAUUGUAUAGCCCUUAUAUUUUUUAAUUAUUUUGCUUGGAAUAAAUUUGGUGGUUCUAACUUUGCUUUCUUAGGGCUAAUAAAUUAGAAUGAAUGUGGGAGGAUAGGAAAAGACUUCCAAAUUACCCUCACAACUAACAUACUUUGAGUAAUUUUGUGUACACCAAAUGGACACAUAACUAUAAAUUACCUAUGACUCAUGUCUAAAAAUAAAAUUUUUCUUACCUCCCACAUUUAUUUAAUGGAAUAGCCCUUAUAUUUUUCAUGAUUGUUUUGUUAACAUUAUGUCAUUUAGCAGAUACUUUUUGAUAAAGAAUAAUGUUCAAUACAGCUUCCAAUAUUAAUCUUUCUUCAGAAAGAGAUUUCAUACUUCAGAGGUUUGUCAAGUUUAAAUAUAUGACUAAAAUAUUAAGAUUCAAUUGUAUUACAUUUGAUUCAAGGUUCAGCAAAGGAGUAAGUUCACAAAGGGCUGGUAUUGGCCCUAAGAAUUUCAUGUUUUUUUGAUCCGGCCAAAAAACUAAAAAUUUCACAAAGAAAUAGUUGUGAUAUAACUAUUAAUAGGAAAUAAUUUCUUCUUGGCACAUCACAUUAAAAAUGAAGAAGAAAUGACCCCUCAAGUAUGCAUUAAUUGUGAAUUGUGUUGUAAUGUUAUUUUGGUAAAAUUUUCAAUAAGUCAGAAAAAAUGCACAAAAUCAUUGUUUUUUUACCAUAUAUCCACAAUGUACUGACUUUGAUGCCUAGAAUGUACUCUUAAUGAAGAGAUUUAUUCAACCUAGUAGGAAGGUGUUUUAAAUAGAUUCAUUUAAAAACUGAAUUAAAGCCAUUUUGACAUUUUAUGAUAAAGUUGAAUUUCAAAGCCAUAUUUGGCCUAAAGUGAACCUUUUCCUUGAUUUCAGCACAUCACUUUGGUGCUGAAGUAAAACAUUGUUUUAAGAUGAAGGUAUUUAAGAGAUAACUAUUUGAAGCUUUGCAGAUGUCCAUUGGUAGUUUGACUGUAGCAAAUUGAGUUUACCUGGCGAUGCAGAGCGAAGACUUUACAGUAAAAUUAACGAAGGACGUCCACAAAGCUUCAAAUACAAUACAGUUAUCUCUAUUCUAGUGAAAAAUAAACAAAUCAUUCAAUUUUAGUCAUUUUUUCAGUUUAAAAUUUUCAUUAAACGAAAAUUCUGCGAAAUGAAGUUAUCUUCUUUGGCACCUAAACUACGUGACGACAUGGGGCGUUUUCUGCCUUCUUGUCAGCCUCAGAUUGUAAUUAAAUUUGAUUUAAAGAAGAUUUCUAGUUGUAAAAUGUGAGUUUUUUUUUGCUUAUUAUUGGAGAAAUUACAUGUCAAUACAUUCCGGAAUUCAAAAUGUCGGUCUCCCUAGUUACAGACGGGGAGAUGGAGAAUUUUAUGCUGAUUGUCAUCCAAUCAGAACCAUUGAUACAAAAAAAUUGCAUUAGAAUAGGUAUUUUUGGCAAUUAUAAACUGAACAUCAAACCAUAGUGUAAAUCCAUUAAUUAACAUGCUUGUUAAGAUAUUCACAUUAUAUUGUCAAUAACUAUAUAUAUAUAUGAAUUUGACAUAUUUUUGGGAGUACAAGACUGAACACUUUUUUUAAGAAUAAAAACAAUGUGUUAUUUUUAAACAAUACUGAAUUAAUUGGUAUAAUUAAUUUUCUAUCAAGCAACUAAGAAAUUGUAUUCCAUUUUGUUUACUUGAACCCACGAAUUCAUCAAAAUUAUUGUCCAAGGAUAAAUAAAUGGUUCACAGCAUAUCUUGCAGUAGCAUGUUAAAAUAGCAGUUAAAAAUAUUGUUUUUUUCAUUUAUCAAAAGUAUAAUACAGUAGCAUUUUUAUGGUGAUUGUCAUACAAUUUUUCUUUUAGAACAAGUUCUCAGCUUUAUAGCACUUAAGUUAUUAAUACUUCUUCUGAUUUGAAUUGCAUACUAUGAAAGCUUAAAACCAAAGAGUUGUAAAAUAUGAUUUUCGAUGAUCAUGUAUUAAUUUAUGCCUGAAUUUACACAAGAAACCAAGGACAUUUAAAUCAAUCUUCAAAAUUUUCAUUUCUAUGCUUAUUUUUUUAAGAGCUAAUGAAAACCAACUGUUGUUUACAUGCAUCUUGGUAAGAUAAGGUCAAGGACCACUCGGCCACCUAGACUGAACAACAUAUAUAUAUAUAACUCGUCUCAAAUUUAGCCCAACAAUGUUAGAUCUUCAAAUUUGUGUUAGCAAAUUUUUGUUCUUCCCUCAGCGGGAUUCGAACCCUUGCUUCUUUGACAUCGUGGCAACACAGCCUGCACCGUGUCCAGCGACCUAGACCACUCGACCACCUAGGCUACAUAAAAAUAUAGCUUUCAGUGGUCGAUGUAAUGCCUUUCCUCGUCGGCUUUAUCUAGGGUUGUAACACAGUACAUGAUGUAUAUAUAGUGGCAAGUAGAUGGUGUACCUUUCAGAUCAGCUAUUUUGUCUGUCGCAAAAGAUGAUAAUGUAAAUUACCAUGGUGCCACAUCAAAUUUUAAUUUUAUUAUACACAUCUAAACAUAUGACAACUUUAUGACAGACAUUCUCCAUCGGAUAACACAUGGUUAUACAGGGCUAACACCAUAAUAUAUAUAUAACUCGUCUCAAAUUUAGCCAUACAAUGUUAGAUCUUAUUAAGUAUCAGUUGAACUGUGUACAAAAGAAACAUAUGUUUUUCAAAGAAUUAUGGAAUGUGAAAUACAAAAAGUGCAGAUAGAUUUAAAGAAAAUAAAUGUUUCUAGCAGUUUUUAUUAUACAAAAAAACAUAAUACACUUGAUUGAAUAUCAACAGACAUGUUUAUGUUGAUUUUCCCUUAUUCCUUGAAAGAAACCAAAUUCAGACAAAUGUUGAUUAAAUUUUUUCAAUGUGCCAAAUUUUACAGAAAAACUAAUAAAUAUUCAUUGACUGAUUCUAACAUUAUACAUGUUGAGAGAACAAAUAAAAUGGUUAUGUCAUUUUAUUAAAUUCUUAUGUGACCUUGGUUUAUUGGUGAUUGCAGCAUAGUGUCCAUGUUUGUUGAAAAUGUAAUUUAACAUGUGGUUGAUUAAAAUGUAUAAUAACUUUUAAAAGAAAUAUUUUAAUAUAAAAAAGAAAGUGCUGUAAUAAUAAAAGUUCCUAUUUA